AAAAAAUGAUUUAAAAAAUUAAAGAAAAAAGAGCCAUGAAUUGGAUUGGGCCACGUACAAGUAACCUUACAUUGGGUUGCGCUUCCAACCAGAUCCAUUAACUCAUCAUCUCUCUUUUUUUUUAACACGUGUACGGCAGAGAUAAGGAUGCACCAGAAGAUCGGUAAACACUCACCCCACUCUUAAUAAAAGCCCCCCAAAACCCUAGCUUCCCUCUCAUCACAAGCGGGCGGCGCCACACCACAACACCCAUCAAGCUUCAGCCAUGGGGAUCGACUUGAAGGCAGGAGGUAAGAGUAAGAAGACCAAGAGGACAGCUCCCAAGUCCGAUGAUAUCUAUCUCAAGCUCCUGGUCAAGCUUUACCGGUUUCUGGUAAGGAGGACCGGAAGCAAGUUCAAUGCUGUGAUUUUGAAGCGCCUUUUCAUGAGCAAGGUCAACAAGCCUCCACUUUCGCUCUCUAGGCUCAUUUCCUUCACGAAAGGAAAGGAGGACAAGAUUGCAGUUGUUGUGGGGACUGUGACUGAUGACAUCAGGGUUUAUGAGGUUCCUGCCUUGAAGGUUACUGCCCUCAGGUUCACUGAGAGAGCUAGGGCCAGGAUUGAGAAUGCUGGUGGAGAGUGCUUGACUUUUGACCAGCUCGCAUUGAGGGCUCCAUUGGGGCAGAACACGGUUCUCCUCAGAGGACCAAAGAAUGCCCGUGAAGCAGUUAAGCACUUUGGUCCUGCUCCCGGUGUUCCACACAGCCACACCAAGCCAUAUGUCCGGUCAAAGGGAAGGAAGUUUGAGAGGGCCAGAGGAAGGAGGAACAGCAGGGGAUUCAGGGUCUAAUAUGAUUCUAUUGUUCUAUUAUGAGGCUUAUGUGUUGUUUUUGAUUAUUGCAAACCAAAUUUUGCUAGACGCUAGGUUUCCCUGGCAGUUAUCUACUUAUAUUUGUUACUUUUGUUGGAUGGAUUGUUUGGAAAUCAGUUUCCCUUUUAUGUUAAAGUUCUGCCUUGAGCAUCUCUCUAAUGACACAAACAAAUUAUAUCAAGUCCAUUUGUUUGUCCAAUGUGAGAUGAUUGAAAAAUAGUCUGGUAGAAGGUUUUGCAGGUAUAAAUUAGAUUUCAACAAGCGUUUCUAAAUGAAGUGAGUAGUAGUUUAUAUUAUUAAAUUCCAACAUUUUUAUUGCUAUAGUCUUCAACCCUAAUUUAAUUGCUACUAUUAUUCUUACAAGUUGAAAAAAACUAUCCAAAGAUAAACAGAGCCAAGAGGCAGUUUAUGGUGGCCAGAAAAGAAAAGGGCAGAUUAAAACUUCUCGAGGGCGUCUGUGUGUGGCACAUCUCUUUUGAACCCUUCGGGUGAAGGAAUGUGCUACUCAUGGGCUAUAUACCGUAACGUACAAGUGAGAGAUGCAUUUGGAAGGGCCAGAGAUAUACAACA